CUAAAUAGUCCGUUACAUAAGAAAAUAGAAAAUCCUACCUCUUUUCUGUCUUAUAAAAACCCGCGCAAUUUUUGUUUGUGUCAAUACGAUUCGGGCAGUCGUUUCACUCGGUGUUGUUAUGCGUGCUCUGUACAGUUAUAAAUUUUGUGCAAUACUGUUAUAAUACAAGUGCAGAAUAAUACAAGUGUAUAUUUUAAAUAUUCAACGUGCCGUGAAUUUCACUCAAUCACGACAAUGUCGGCCAAAGACAAGCGCAAGUCAGGAUCCACGUAUAGAUCCAUAGAAGCCAAUAAUAAAAAGCUUGAUGCUGAAUUGUUUGGAGAGAGUAGUGAAGCUGGGCCAAGUAAUAUUCAGACAGCUACGUCAAAUGUAGAGUUCAGUGAACACCCGCAUUGUGAGAACCAUCCUUGUCCAUUUGAUGAAUACAUCUUGCAAGAAGAAUACGUCAGUCAUUUGAUUACUAUCGAUGCAUUCGACGAUAUGGAAGUAUAUGAAGAGGUCAACGAAGAUUACGAUGAAGCUGAGGAAACUAUACACAACGCCAUUUAA